AUGGAAAAGGCACUUGCACGCUACGGUGUCACUCAUCGUCUUUCUACCGCGUACCACCCGCAAACUAGUGGCCAAGUAGAGAAUGCUAACCGAGGGGUGAAGAGAAUCUUAGAGAAAACGGUAGGAAAAAGUAGAAAGGAUUGGUCGGAAAAGCUCGACGACGCUUUGUGGGCAUUCCGUACCGCCUAUAAGACACCGUUAGGCACAACACCCUUUAUGAUCGUGUAUGGCAAAGCUUGCCAUCUUCCGGUUGAAUUAGAGCAUAGGGCGUUGUGGGCAUUAAAAACCGUAAACCUUGACCUUACCGAAGCCGCAAGGAGGAGAUUCUUCCAGAUUCAUGAGUUGGAAGCAUUGAGGGAUGCCGCUUAUGAAAGAUCAUGGAGUAUCAAGGAGAAAACUAAGGCAUUGCAUGAUAGGCGGUUGAGAGGUUUGAAAGAUUUUAAGGUAGGUGAUAAAGUACUUUUUUUCAACUCACGGUUGAAAUUGAUAGCAGGAAAAUUGAAAUCGAGGUGGAGUGGCCCGUAUGUGGUGAAAGAAGUGUUUCCAUACGGCACGGUUGAGCUAUACGAUGAGGUCGACAAAGGUGUGUGGAAGGUAAACGGCCAUAGACUGAAACAUUACUUGGGAGGUCCUAUUGAUACUACUGAAGAGGAAGAAAUUCCUCUAGAGGACCCACCUACCUUUGCCGAACAGUGA